UCUUAUCUCCUUCACAGCUUUCUCUUUUCUUUCUUUCUUUUUUUAAUCCAGUGGAGACUCACGGAAUGUUUGAACCAACGGGGCUGCAUUGAGGCUUGCCUGGUCCUUGUUUUGCUGCUUUUCUUUUAAGCCACGAUGUCUUCCCAGUAUCCUCCCAAUCUCCGGAUUCGUCUCCCUGCGCUCAUUCUUCUUUUGGAAGCGGCUUUAAUCCUUGUGUUUGGCUUCUUCGUUUCUUACGACCACAGUCAAAAUCUUGCAAGAGACUACCCAGUAUUUCAAGAUGUCAACCUCAUGGUGAUUUUCGGGUUCGCCUAUUUCCUGGCCUUCCUGCAGAGAUACGGCUUCAGCAGCAUCGGAUUCAACCUUCUCCUCGCUGCCCUCGGAGUACAGUGGGCCGUGCUUGUUGAUGGAUUCCUCUUUCACUUCUCAGCUGGGAAAAUCAGGAUAAACCUGCAAAGUAUUUUAACUGCCAUUAUGAGCAUCACCACAGUGUUGAUUUCAGCUGGAGCAAUACUUGGCAAAGCCAAUCUCAUGCAGUUGACCUGGAUGGCUAUGGUGGAAGUGACCGUCUUCACCGUCAACAGAUGGCUGGCUGUGAAUUUUUUGCAGAUCCAGAGCCAUGUCAGCAUGAUGCACGCCCACUUAUUUGGGGCCUACUUUGGCUUAAUGGUCUCCUGGACGCUCUACCACUCCUCACUGAGUCGGAAAGCUGAGAAGGAAAGAUCCAGGCCCGUCUCGGAUAUGUUUGCGGUGCUGGGUACCCUCUUUCUCUGGAUCUUCUGGCCCAGCUUCAACUCUGCUCUGAUCAUGGAAGAAGACAAAAAGUGGACCGCCAUCUACAACACCUACUUUGUCAUGGCUACAAGCACCAUUGCUGCCUUUUCUUUUUCAAUUGCAACCAGCAAAAAUGGAAAACUCAGCAUGGCUCACAUCCAGAAUGCUACGCUGGCAGGUGGGGUUGCCCUUGGCUUCUCCGCUUCCAACAUCCAACAGCCUUGGAUUGCAAUGGUUUUGGGUCUGGCAGCAGGCACAGUUUCUGUCCUUGGCAUGGCCUGUUUACAGAAACGCUUGGAUCCAGCACUCAAAAUCCAUGAUACUUCUGGAGUUCUUUACACUUUCGGCUUGCCCAGUUUGCUUGGAGGGAUAAUCCACGUUAUUCUCAUCCUAACAAACCACCACAAGAACCUCUCAGUACUUGGUUAUUCAGCUUUAAUUGAAGUUGGUGCACUCAGCUUGAGCCUAUGCCUCAGUCUAUUCAGUGGUCUACUUACAGGUCUCACUUUAACUUGCAAAUUAUGGAAAACACCUCCUGUCACAAAGUACUUCGAUGAUCAAGUUUAUUGGGAGUUCCCACACUUAGCUGUUGGAUUCUGAACACCAUCUUCAAGAGGGCAGCAAGUCACACAGCUAAGAGACUUUCUCUCUGAUGCCACAAGAAUGCAUGAAAAAGAGACUUAGUUGCUUUAUUAAAUUUGGCAGAAUAUUUGGUAAGCAUUUAGUAUAAAAUACUUGCUUGUAAGGCUAAAAUGAAUGCCAAGUGUUUCUUUUAAAAAUGUUUCUUUAUAUUCUAGGGUCUUUUAAACACUUAAAAUAAUGUAAAAGUGGAAAGUGAAGAUUAAAUAUUAUGUGUGAAACUGAGUCCAGUCAUAUCAUUCUCACUGUGUUUAUACAGUGUUUUUCACAGUCAUGGAGUUCAUGUAUUACUCUAAGCCAGUGAUGGCAAACCUUUUUGGCACUGAGUGCUCAAACUGGAGCACAUGUGCAUGUGCUGAAGCCAUGAAAACCUGAAGACCAGUUGGCCUCUGUGCAUACAUAUGCCAGCCACCCAGUUUUCUGGUUUCUGGCCAGCUGGUCUUUG